AUGUCGACCACGGCGCUCCAGCUCGCGUCGCUGCAGUUCUGCGUGGCUUGCCGAAGUGCAUCGACCGUUCGCCUCAGGAUCGACACGGACACACCUAGACACUUGUGGGCCAAGGAUUCUGGACCUCAGGCUCGACGCAGCGCGAGGGUUUGCCGUGCGUCUCGCGUGCCGGCCCUGCACGCGCGGGAGGUGCUGUGGAUUCUACCAGCUUCGAUGCUGAACGCCACGAGUGAUUCUCUUAAACUGUCGAACUUGCAGCUCCUCAGCUUCGUCGGUGCCAACUUCAACGAUAGCUUGAGCGGUGUGGCACUGCCGCGUGGCCUAAAGGGGAUCAUCAUCGGUGGAAGGUUUAACCGCUCUGUGGAGAACGUGGCGUGGCCUUCAUCGCUCCUCCAGCUGACCUUUGGCUAUGAGUUCAACCAGCCAAUUGACAACGUCACUUGGCCAAAGUCUCUGAUGCAGUUGACCUUCGGCAACAGGUUUAACCGACCGCUUUCUUCGGUAAACUGGCCGGCAUCUCUGCAGCAGGUGGCACUCGGCGACCACUUCGACCAACCGCUCCACGGUGUUUCGUGGCCGCCAGAUUUGCGCGUCUUGAGCUUCGGCCUCCUGUUUAACCACAGAGUCGACGCUGUGGCGUGGCCGACCUCUCUCCAGGAAUUAGCCUUCGGGUGGUCAUUCGAUCAUUCGGUUGACGAGGCAAAGUGGCCAGCUUCAUUGCAGAAACUCUCCUUCGGCGGUGGUUUCAACAAGGGGCUUGACAGAAUGGUAUGGCCGGCUUCGCUCCAGCAGCUCGUCACCGGCAGCGGCUUCGACCAGCAAAUCGAUCAAAUUACGUGGCCGCUAUCGGUGAAAGUGAUUGUACUCGGGUCCAAAUUCAAUAGGUGCAUCGACCGCGUUAGCUUCCCAACAUUCUUGGAGGAACUAACAUUUGGCCAACACUUCGACCAGGCACUCAACAGGGUAAAGUGGCCGUCAUCGCUACAGCAACUCACCCUAGGGUGGAACUUCAACCAAGGUCUCCUCGCGGUGGUAUGGCCCGUGGCCCUGAAGAAGUUGGUGCUAGGCGGUCGCUUCAACCAGCCCAUCGCCGGCGUGCGGUGGCCCCCUUCUCUCCAGGAGCUGGUUUUCAGCCACAUGUUCAACCAACCCGUCGACGUCCGUGCAGCUUGGCCUGCAUCGUUGCGCAAGCUGACGUUUGGCCAAGACUUCAGCAAAUCCAUCCACGGCGUAGCCUGGCCCAAGUCAUUGCAGUAUCUGAGGUUCGGCCAAGCUUUCCCGAUUCCAGCGGGCGACUUUUCGUGGCCUGCCUCUCUACGGCAGCUGACGUUCGUUUGCUACUCUGACGAUGUGCUGCCGGCAGUGCCGGGCGUGGAGGUGUGCAGGGUGCAGCCUCGUGUUGGCCGUUGGCCUCUCUACGGCGGCUGA